UCCGCGAAGGCUCCUUUGAUAUUAAUAGUGUUGGUGUCUUGAAACUGACGUAAUGCGCGGAGACUGAGGUCCUGACAAGCGAUAACAUUUCUGAUAAAGACCCGAUCUCACUGCAAUCUCGAGCGUCCUCUUUUUUGGUGCUGCUGGUUUCUCCAGACCCCGCGUCCUCCCGAUCGCUCUCUCGCCUUCCUAUUUUUUUUUUUUUAAACAAAAAACAACACCCCCCCCCCCCCCACCAACCCGGCACCGGGCACAUCCUUGCUCUAUUUCCUUUCUCUUUCUCGCUCUCUUCUUCUUCUUCUUUUAUUUUUUCUAUAAAGAGGGGGGGAGGGAAGGGAAAGGGGGGGAGGCAGGAAAGACCUUUUUCUCUCCCCCCCUACCCCCCAAUAAUCCAAGAUCAACUCUGCAAACAACAGAAGACGGUUCAUGGCUCUGGCCGCCGCGCCACCAUCUUUCGGGCUGCCGAGGGUGUUCUUGACGAUUAAUCAACAGAAAACGCUGACUUCUUUACCUGGGGACUUGUGAAGUCUAGAUAAAUCUUAUAUGGUCCGGAAAAAGAACCCCCCUCUGAGAAACGUUGCUAGUGAAGGCGAGGGCCAGACCCUGGAGCCUACAGGUACAGAAAGCAAGGUAUCUGGAAAGAACAAAGAAUUUCCUGCAGAUCAGAUGUCAGAAAAUACGGAUCAGAGUGAUGCUGCAGAGCUAAAUAAUAAGGAGGAACAUAGCUUGCAUGGCCAAGAUCCAUCGUCGAGCAGUAAGAAAGACUUAAAAAGCUCUGUCCUGAGUGAGAAGGCUGGCUUCAAUUAUGAAAGCCCCAGUAAGGGCGGAAACCUUCCCUCCUUCCCACAUGAUGAGGUGACAGAGAGAAAUAUGUUGGCUUUCUCAUCUCCAGCUGCUGGGGGAGUCUGUGAGCCCUUGAAGUCUCCUCAGAGAGCAGAGACAGAUGACCCUCAAGAUAUGGCCUGUACCCCAUCCGGGGACUCGUUGGAGACAAAGGAAGAUCAGAAGAUGUCACCAAAAGCUACCGAGGAAACAGGGCAAGUGCAGAGUGGUCAAGCCAAUUGUCAAGGCUCCAGCCCCAUUUCAGUGGCCUCAAAAAACCCACAAGUGCCUUCAGAUGGGGGUGUAAGACUGAAUAAAUCCAAAACUGACGUACUGGUCAAUGACAACCCAGACCCGGCACCUCUGUCUCCAGAGCUUCAGGACUUUAAAUGCAAUAUCUGUGGAUAUGGUUACUAUGGCAACGACCCCACAGAUCUGAUCAAGCACUUCCGAAAGUAUCACUUAGGACUGCAUAACCGCACCAGGCAGGAUGCUGAACUGGACAGCAAAAUCUUGGCCCUUCAUAACAUGGUGCAGUUCAGCCAUUCCAAAGACUUCCAGAAGGUGAACCGUUCCGUGCUUUCUGGUGUGUUGCAGGACAUCAAUUCUUCAAGGCCUGUUUUACUAAAUGGAACCUACGAUGUACAGGUCACUUCAGGUGGAACGUUCAUUGGCAUCGGCCGGAAAACCCCAGAUUGCCAAGGAAACACCAAGUACUUCCGCUGCAAAUUCUGCAAUUUUACGUAUAUGGGCAACUCAUCAACUGAACUCGAGCAGCAUUUUCUUCAGACUCACCCGAACAAAAUCAAAGCGUCUCUUCCAUCCUCGGAGGCUGCCAAACCUUCCGAGAAGAACUCUAACAAAUCCCUCGCUGCACAUCGCCCCGGUGACUCCGGGGACUCGGGGAAGUGGCAGGAUAAGAUCACGGUCAAGGCAGGAGAUGACACUCCUGUCGGCUACUCGGUGCCCAUCAAGCCCCUGGAGUCCUCAAGACAGAAUGGCACAGAGGCCACCAGUUACUACUGGUGUAAAUUCUGUAGUUUCAGCUGCGAGUCUUCGAGCUCACUCAAGCUGCUAGAACAUUAUGGCAAGCAGCACGGGGCUGCCGUGUCAGGUAGCCUUAACCCAGAGUUGAACGAGAAGAUCUCUAGGGGCUCUGUCAUUAACCAGAACGAUCUAGCCAGAAGUGCAGAAGGGGACCCCAUGCCCAAGGUAGACAAGGGCUCUGGUGGGGCUAAGAAGAAAGACUUCUCCAGCAAGGGAGCGGAGGACAAUGUGGUCACGAGCUACAAUUGUCAGUUCUGCGACUUUCGCUAUUCUAAGAGCCACGGCCCCGACGUGAUCGUGGUGGGGCCCCUUCUCCGUCACUAUCAGCAGCUCCAUAACAUCCAUAAGUGUACCAUUAAGCACUGUCCGUUCUGUCCCCGAGGCCUCUGUAGCCCCGAAAAGCACCUUGGAGAGAUCACUUACCCUUUCGCGUGUAGAAAAAGUAAUUGUUCCCACUGUGCGCUCUUGCUUUUGCACUUGUCCCCCGGGGCGGCCGGAAGCUCCCGAGUCAAGCACCAGUGCCACCAGUGCUCCUUCUCCACCCCCGAUGUAGAUGUGCUCCUGUUCCAUUACGAGAGCGCGCACGAGCCGCAGGCGUCCGAGGUCAAACAGGAAGCCAACCAUCUGCAAGGGUUGGAAGGGCAGCCGGCGGUCAAGGACAGCAAAGAACACUCAUGUACCAAAUGUGAUUUUAUUACCCAGGUGGAAGAAGAGAUUUCUCGACACUACAGGAGAGCGCACAGCUGCUACAAAUGCCGUCAGUGCAGUUUCACAGCUGCAGAAACUCAGUCACUACUGGAGCACUUCAACACUGUUCACUGCCAGGAACAGGAGAUCACUACAGCCAACGGCGAAGAGGACGGUCAUGCCAUCUCCACCAUCAAGGAGGAGCCCAAGAUUGACCUCAAGGUCUACAGUCUGCUCAGCACAGACUCUAAAAUGGGGGAGCCCGCGGCCGAGAGCGUGGUGAAGAGGGAGAAGCUGGAAGAGAAGGAAGGACUCAAAGAAAAGGUCUGGUCCGAGAGCGCCAGUGAUGACCUGCGCAACGUGACAUGGAGGGCGGCCGACAUCCUGCGGGCCAGUCCGUCCUACACGCAGGCCAGCCUGGGCCUCCUCACGCCUGUGGCGGGCACCCAAGAGCAGACCAAGACUCUAAGGGAUAGCCCCAAUGUCGAAGCUGCCCAUCUGGCGAGACCUAUUUAUGGCCUGGCUGUGGAGACCAAGGGAUUCCUUCCGGGGGUGCCAGCUGGCGGCGAGAAGUCCGGGGCCCUCACCCAGCAGUAUCCUGCAUCGGGAGAAAGCAAGUCCAAGGAUGAAUCCCAGUCCCUGUUACGGAGGCGUCGAGGCUCGGGCGUUUUCUGUGCCAAUUGCUUGACCACAAAGACCUCUCUCUGGCGAAAGAAUGCAAAUGGCGGAUAUGUAUGCAACGCGUGUGGCCUCUACCAGAAACUACACUCGACUCCCAGGCCUUUAAACAUCAUUAAACAGAACAACGGUGAGCAGAUUAUUAGGAGGAGAACAAGAAAGCGCCUUAACCCAGAGGCACUUCAGGCUGAGCAGCUCAACAAACAGCAGAGGGGUGGCAGCGAGGAGCAGGUCAACGGAAGCCCCUUAGAGAGGAGGGCAGAAGAUCAUUUAUCUGAAAGUCACCCGAGAGAAAUUCCGCUCCCGAGCCUGAGCAAAUAUGAAGCCCAGGGUUCAUUGACUAAAAGCCAUUCUGCUCAGCAGCCAGUCCUGGUCAGCCAAACUCUGGAUAUUCACAAAAGGAUGCAACCUUUGCACAUUCAGAUAAAAAGUCCUCAGGAAAGUACUGGAGACCCAGGAAAUAGUUCAUCCGUAUCUGAAGGGAAAGGAAGUUCUGAGAGAGGCAGUCCCAUAGAAAAGUACAUGAGACCUGCGAAGCACCCCAACUAUUCACCACCAGGCAGCCCCAUCGAAAAGUACCAGUACCCCCUUUUUGGACUUCCCUUUGUACAUAAUGACUUCCAGAGUGAAGCGGAUUGGCUGCGGUUCUGGAGUAAAUAUAAGCUCUCUGUUCCUGGGAAUCCGCACUACUUGAGCCAUGUGCCUGGCCUACCAAAUCCUUGCCAAAACUAUGUGCCUUAUCCCACCUUCAAUCUGCCUCCUCAUUUUCCAGCUGUCGGAUCAGACAAUGACAUUCCUCUCGAUUUGGCGAUCAAGCAUUCCAGACCUGGGCCAACUGCAAACGGUGCCUCCAAGGAGAAGACGAAGGCACCGUCCAAUGUAAAAAAUGAAGGUCCCUUGAAUGUAGUAAAAACAGAGAAAGUCGAUAGAAGUACUCAAGAUGAACUUUCAACAAAAUGCGUGCACUGUGGCAUUGUCUUUCUGGAUGAAGUGAUGUAUGCUUUGCAUAUGAGUUGCCACGGUGACAGUGGACCUUUCCAGUGCAGCAUCUGCCAGCAUCUUUGCACGGACAAAUAUGACUUCACAACUCAUAUCCAGAGGGGCCUGCAUAGGAACAAUGCACAAGCAGAAAAAAAUGGAAAACCUAAAGAGUAAAAACCUUAGCACUUAGCACAAUUUAAUAGAAAUAGGUUUUCUUGAUGGGAAUUCAAUAGCUUGUAAUGUCUUAUGAAGACCUAUUAAAAAAAAAAAUACUUCAUAGAGCCUGCCUUAUCCAACAUGAAACUCCCUUAUUUUAUUACGCUUUCUUUCAAUGAGUAGGUUACCAGGAUUCAAUGGUCAGUGAGAAAACGUGGAAGAUGGUCAAUAGUCAUGUUUCAGGACCUAGUAAGUCAGAGCCAUCUUGGCAGAUGCGUCCUGUAGAAACCAUCCAUAAGAAGGAUCACCAGACUAUAAUUACGUGUGUGAAGGAAGAGAUCAAAGCUGUCUAGGAUUUGGAAGGGUUUACAUAUUUUAUUAAAGCAGUAUAGGGCUGGCCAUUGGCCCCUUUGUUCAAAACCCAGAACUGUUUGUCUACACUUGGAAGGAUCAUGAAACUGGGCAGAUGAGGAGACAUCCCAUCUUGAGGGCCGUGAAAGUAAAUGACGCCCUUUGACACUGUCUCGAGAAUUCUCAUCAGCUAAGUUUCAGAUUGAGACCUAGAAACGUGAGCUGGGUGAGGCUUGUGAGAGAGCAACACGAAAGGUGACAGAUGGCAGCACGAUGUUUUUUUGGCCAGCCCUGCCUGUACAUACACAUGCACACCCUCUCUGAUAUUUUUGUCCUUUAGAUGUUCCAAUACUCCUCUCAAAAGUAGUUCUUUUGUUUGCAAUUUAGGUUCCUUUUAUCCAAAUAUAUGUGCAUUUAAAAAAAAAAAACAAUGUCCUUGAUGCUUAUGUAGUAAUUUUAUUUUAGCCAGAUAUUUCUUUCUUGUAUGUAAUGAACCCGUUUUGGAUUUAUUUUUUAAGCCUCUUUUCAGUCACUAAUCUCACUUGGCACAUGAUAACUAAAGGAAUCCCCUCAGUUCAAAAGGCAAGAUGGAUACAAAAGUUCAGAUCAUGGGCUUAAUUUGUUUAGAACACAUGGUAUUUCUCCACAAGGUAACCUGCUGUAUUUAUUUAUUUUCUUUUGGUUAAAUAUAAUUUCCAAACUUUGUGGUCAGGCAGCGUCUAAGGUUACGUUACCACAGACUGACAGUUGGUAUAUGUACCAAUCAAUCCCUUCAUUAGAUUUAUACAGGUUUAGUUAAGUAGCAUUAAAUAGGAUUCUUAGAAGUAUGUCUUCAUAGUACUUUUAAUACUUAAGGCUUUGUAAAACUAUCCAUGAAGGGAAAGCUCCUCAGCAUAACUGCUCAGGGAAAUAGGGCUAAAUAACUGAACAUUAAAUAAUUGGUUUAAGGUGCUGUUAGUCGAGCCUCAAUGCUUGCUACAAGGAUGUAUGUACAAGGACUGACUUUAAUAAUUUGCAUUAUAUUGUCCCAACCAGUAGUUUAUUUUUUGCCACGGAGAUGUAGAAGAUAUUACAAGCUACUGGAUGCACUGUCAGAUUAACUUAUUUCAUUAAAGAAGUUGGGAGAACAAAUAGGAAAAAAAAACUUAUUUUUCUAGUAAAUAUUAAUGUAUUACAUUUCAAAUAAUGGUGCCUGACAUAUUGAAUAAUUAUUUUCUACAGUGUACGUAUGCAACAAAGAUAUUCCAUCAUGCAUUAGAGUCAGUUCUGGCUCUGCCUAGCUGUUUACAUUUGCAAAUGUAGCAAACAAGGUAAUGAAGCAACUAUUUCUAUUGCAGUAGAUAUCUUGUGUGUGUGUGCGUGUGUGUGUGUGUGCGCGUGUGUGUGUAUGUGUGUACAUUAAAGUUGUAAACGGUAACAUGAAACGAAAGUUCUUGAUAAAAUGGUAUGGAAACAAGAAGGAAAUGAAAAUAUUUUUAUGCCUACUUAGGAAAAAAAGGGUAGCACUAUUCAUUCCAAGUACUUUUUUUUUAAUUUUUAAGCUCUUAACUCACAUUGUUAUGCUUAAAACGAUAAACAUAUAUCCUCUUUUUAUUGCUUUGUCUAUGUUUCAGAUGAAACAUUUCAGAAAUUAUUUUGAUAAGUGUUGCUGGAAUCUGCAGCACGGAUGUUUUUAUCGCAUUCUGUAGUCGCAUUUGCACUUCAUUUUUACAUGCGCAAUUGCUUUGUAUUGUUGUGUUUUGUUUGGGUUUUGUUUCUUUUUCACAGUGCCAGGUCUUUGUUUCUUAAAGUUGGAUGGCAGGUAGAGUUCAACCAGUUUCUUGACUGUUAUAGUGAAUGAAGUUAAAAAUGUCUUUCUGAUGUCUUAUUGUCAUUUUCAUUCUUGCAUUUUCAUUGUCAUGUAAAAAGACAGAGAGAAAUCAGGACUCAGCCUUCUGCUUCAGUUUUCUAUUUUAAAGGCCCUAUUCUGAUCUCACCUGUGCAUGUCACAAGCAACUCUAUAUUCACAUAAACGGAAAUAAAGAGAUGGAACGAGGAGCUUUGACAUUCAAAUUAUGUCAUGUAAUUUAUCUUUCUUAGGAAUUUUGAUGAAUGCAUCUCAAAAUGUACAGGCAGAUGUGAGAGGUGGUGAUUUGAGAACUUAAAAAAAAAGGAUUUCCCAAACAAGAGUACAGUGUUUCAUUUUUUUCAGUUUAAAAGACUAAUAAAAGGGCAUGACAAAUUCUCAAGCCACAUUCUAUCAGCAUAUAAUGCCAGGAGCUUGAUUAACUUGAGCAAUAUUAUAAAAUAGGACAUUUGGCAGGGAGGGCAAACUACUCCUUAAACAAUUUCUCCAGGGGGUGAGACACAAAUAGUAGUUCAUUUUUUGGCAUAUGUGCCUUGUUUUAUAUCAACUUUUACCCCUUUUCACCAUUAUACACUAUUUGAUGAGAAGAAAAUGUUGCUAUUUCUUUUGUAGAUGACAAUUUGCCAUCACACUAUGAUCCCCUUCUUUGGAGCAUUGCAAAGGCCUUUCUUUUGGAAUCUCAAGAUGCAUUAUGAAAGUGGAUUAUAAUUUUUGUUUGAUUUUAAAAUGUCUGAGUGUUAAGAGAAAAAAUGUUAAAGGAAAAAUUAUUUUCUCUUAAGUUCCUAUUUUAAAGGGCCUAUUUGAGUAACCAUGUGUUAUUAUUAUUUGGAAAACAUUAAAGUUUAUUUAGGAAUUUUCCCUCUUGGAAAAGACUUCCCCUGUGAUGAAAACGUUCUAUGCCCUCUGAAAUUGUCAUGCCUUUUAAAAAAUAGUACAUUUUUUUCAGAUAAUUUGUUUAGAUUCUGACUUGAACUUUGGAUCAGACUUGAAUACACAACCAGCUCAUGCAUUCUCAUUCUCCCUUUUCUAGCUCUUUCUCUCUUCAUAUCUCACCAAUAUAUUCAGACUAUUGUUGGAGACAGGAAAAAAAUACAUAAAGAAUCAGUCCAUCUCAGAAGGCUGUGGAUUGUUUUGACACUACACGACUCUUAAGUGUAUGAGAAAAAGGAUGGAGCUUCAAAUAUUAACAUGUUCAUUCUGUAGUUCAAAAGGAAAAGGGUGUACCAAUUCUUUCUACAUGACAUUAUUGAGAUGUUCUUUUAAAAAAUCAACUUUUAAGAUAGUGAUAUUCUGUUCUAAACUGUUCUCUUUUAGUAAAGGUAGAUUUUAGAUAACAAGCAUGGGGAUUCUUUUCUAAGGUAAUAUUAAUGAGAAGAAAAAGAAAGUGAUUCUGUUUAACAGCUCUUUGUUGAAGCCUGUGGUAGCACAUUAGGUUUAUGAUUGCACAUGUGCACAUAAUCUCUUAUGAUCCAAUGCAAAUACAGCUCCAAAAUGUUUAAUGUACAUAUGUUUUUUAAUGCCUGAGGAAAUAAGUUUCUCAAUAAAUUGAAGAGUAUUGAUACUGCUAUCAAAAUAAUCAUUAGCUUCUUGCUGUGUGGCUGCAAAACAUCACAGGAUGACGUAUCUUGAUAUCUCUGAAUUGCCUACCUGUGUGUAGUGAAUGAGGAUCAACAAAAUUCUAGAGGGUCAGUAUCUGAUACCCCGCUAUGGAAGCAUGGGGAUAAACAACCCGAUGGUAAGCUUCUGCGCUGUAUAUCAGCUGUUUUUCUAAAGUUUACAGGAGUUUACAGCUUCCUGUCUUGGGGUCGAGGGCUCUGGCAAAAAUAGCACGAGCCAUCUUUAAUGAGCAAGUAGCUGAAACUUGCUGAUUGCCCGAGAUGACAGGCGAAAACAGGAAUUGAAAUUUGACCUGAAUAUAAAAGGAAAUAUGCUAACCAAAGGUAGGUACUCUUAGGUGGCAUUCUACCACAUGCAACUGUAAGCGAGAAGUUUAGAGAGACAUGCAUCAGGACUUUGAAGGGCUGUGUAAUUUUCCCAAAGAAAGACUUGGCCAAGGGCAGGAGGCAUGGCUUCUUGGCAGAGCACUUCCUUUUGGUUUUUCAUUGCCGUUUCAUAGACAGUGGACUCAUAUGUUCCUCACAGUUGUGCAAUUGUUCAAAAGCAUCCAGGAUUAUUUACAGUAAUUAGGAUCUCCAGAAGAUACUAGGGCAGAAGGAUGUCAGGUCAGGGACGAAGAAAAUGUGAAAAUCAAGAUUGAUCCACACAUACAAACUAGAUUCUGUAUUCCCAUGUGUUCUAUUGAAAGGAAAGGUAGAGCUGAAAGCUUCACUCUGCCCUCCACCAGAGAAAAACAAGAGUAACCUUACAUGGAAAUACUUUUUGGCCUUCAUCAGAGCAAAUGGUUUAUCAAGAUUCCUCAAUCCCUAAACUAGAUCCUAAUUUUACCCCUAGUUUUCAUUAUCUGACCUGCAGCAAAUCACUUUUGUGUGUGUGUGUGCCUCAGGUUCCUCACCUGUAAAAUGGAAAAAAAUAUAUUAAUAAUAAUAAUAUUAAUAAUAAUAAUGGUAAUGUAGUACUUGUUUGUAAAGCACUUUGCAGUCCUUGGUUGAAAGGCACCAUGGGAGUGCCAAGUAUUAUUAUAUGGCAAGGGGGUUAUUUUAAACUCUCAGUUCCCAAGGGCCAGAAGAGGUUGGGGUCAUUUUUGUUAAAAAUGAGCUGUAAAUAUCAUAACUAGACAGCCUAUAGUGUUGACUAUGAAGAGGCAAAACUAUUACAAGGCUAAUAAAACCAUAGUUUCUUAAUGGCUACCAACAAGGCAAAUAUCACAAUAACAAAUGCCAAAUUUCUUAAGGUGGACUCUUUGACAACAUGAAUAAUUGUGGGUAGGGGGGAGAGGGGUGGGAAACAUCUCAAAAUGCCAAUGUAAAAUUAACUUACAGCAAUAUUCACCAGCAGAAAAUGUCUUUCAUAUGGAAUGAUUUCAUGUUGCUAAGAAAAAAAUUCAAUUUGUAGUCCUGAUUUGAAUAUUAGAAUGUUGGCUAUAAUAGUUCUGUUCUUACAACACAUGGAAUUUUUUUUGUUUUAUUUAAUUUUGUUUUCAUAGUGCAUGUUCAUUUCUACUCACAAACAUGUUCUUGGUGUAUUUCUUAUGCAAACAAUCUUCAGGCAGCAAAGAUGUCUGUUACAUCUAAACUUGAAUAAUAAAGUUUUACCACCAGUUAUACAUAAUGGUGUUGGUAUGGUUUAUAUAGAUUCACUUUCAUCUAUGUAGCUAUAGGAAACAUAAACCAUUGUUACAUGUAGUAUACAGUUUCUAAGUAAUUGAGAUGGUGAAAUCUAGUCGCCAUUUUUAAAAAACAUUCCGAUGAUUGAAAAAGCCUGGAUUCUCUCAACGUGUUUUAUUUUGCUUUGCCUUUUUUUACUUUAACCAAUCUCUUAAUAGAUUUUUGUAAAAAAAAAAAAUUGUAGGUUCUAUAGGAAGGUUAACAAU